CUCGGCGACGACUUUGCCGGUGAGGUUCGCAAGGGAAGGUGAAGGAGGUAGUCGCGCUCAGGCCCCGCCAACGCCUGUGUCUUGUGCGGGAGUUCGUGACCAGACGCCCGCAGCAGCUGAUGGUGUGAAGGGCGGCCCGACGACCCACGCAAUGAGGCCCCUGCAGGUAGCGCUAGCGGCGGGGCUCCUCGCUUCCCUCGCCGUUGCCUGGCCUCUAUCAUAUUACGAGUAUGAAUCCUACGGUGAUGACUACUACGGAUAUGACGCACCGGAAGAGCCGGAACCGAUGCCUGUUGACUCUGAAACUCCCGAAAACUCACACAGCAGCCACCACCACCACCACCACGGCCACCACAACCACGGGGGAGCGGCACACCAGAUGGAACCGGAAACGUUACCUGAAGAGUUAGGAGGAAACGAGUUAGGUUCUCCUGAAGACUAUUUGCUUGAGGAAGUUGAAGGAAGGGUGCAGGACCAUCCCCAAGGCGCCCCUGCAAUAGGAGAGGAGGCGAGAGUGUUCAAGGCUGUGGUCCCCGUCGCCAAAAUCCCCAGUGAAGAAGAAGGCGUUGUCGAAAGUAGUCCAGAGGCGGAAGACGAUGUGCCUGGUGCCAGAACCGAGGGCACUGACUCCUCUGGCAAGGACCUGGACGGUGGAGUCAGCAACGCCACGAAUGAGGACUCAGGCGUGUCUCUUCCCCCUGAGGCUGAUGGAGGCAACGGGUCCCUUAGCGCCCAUGGAGAGGACCUUGGUGCUGGGGUCAGUGUGGCGCUGAGUGAAUAUCCACCUGCGCCUGCUAAUUACACUCCCACCCUUCCACUCGCCACUAAUGACACGGAGGAAGAGCUCACCACCGUAGAGAUCGUUAACCCAGAGCUUAACGCCACUCACCCUCCAGAGCCUCACACCCCAGGCUCGUCCCCCACGCCCCCCACUACCAUCGCCGCCACACCUGCCCCCCCUCCUGCUGCCCCAGUGCCCCCUCUCUCAGGUCCUGUCAUCCCCGGCCCUCGUAAAACUCCGGAGACUUCGAGUGCCAAGAGCUGCACUCAGCCCCCAGAUGUGGGUACGUGCCGCGGAAGCUUCCCCAAGUUCUACUACGACCCUGCAUCACGAUCCUGCCUCCAGUUCAUCUACGGCGGGUGUCGCGGCAAUGCCAACGUGUUCCAGACUGCCCAAGAGUGCUACGAGAAGUGUGACCCCAUUGGCUUUAGCCGCACGGGAGGCACUGGCAAGGACGACUACCUGAUGCUUCACGACGGCCGCGGCAAGACCGAGUUCACCUUCCCCGGACACGACGCGGCGGUCAGGGUCAACGAUGCCAGCCUCGCCGCGUUCUCCGUCAGGAACGUGUAUCAGAUGGAGUUUAGCUUCCGAACCGACACACCGCACGGCCUUCUCGCCUUCCUCAGACAGACUUCGGUGCCGCCAGAGCUCGGCAACAAGAUGGUGCAGCUGUAUGUGUUUAUCCGCCGCGGCCACCUCGGCGUCACCCACCUCUUCUGCCACGACUCCGAGACUUUCCUCAUGAAGAAGGGCGGCGUGCAGGCUGGUAACUGGCACUCGUCGCUCGUGAAGCUGGACGCGGGCACGGGGCAGCUGCUUCUUGAGGUGGACGGCACGCAGGAGAUCUUCACCAUCGACAGCCUGGCCAAGAAGCCGCACUACGGGUCAGAGGAGGGCGCCAUCUUCACCUCGCGUCUCUGGCUUGGAGGCGUCUUCGAGGAGGAGGUUAACCGCGAGGAUAUGGUGGGGCGGACCUCAAACUUCCACGGGUGUAUUAGAAAGGUCGGCCUGAUGAGCGGUGAGACGUCAGAGACCAUGGUGCGGCACAAUGGACUUCGAUCCUCCGCGUACAGGGGCGUGAAGGAGAUGUGCAGAUCCCACUGCACGGACCGUCUGCGUAACAUGUGCUCCAACAAGCUGGCCUGCGUGGAGCACUUCGACCACAGCACGUGCAGUUGCUUCGGCACGGGCAAGGACGGCAGGCGGUGCAACGUUCCUGACGUGCCCAUCCUAUCGCUGAGCAACGACGGGCACGUGGUCCACCGCCUCUACGAGUGGAUGGACCGAGUGCACUCCUACACCAACUUCAUCUCCAUGGAGUUUAGGACUCGUUUCACCGACUCCAUCCUCUUCUACGCGUCGUCACAUUACCCCGAGAAGCAGUACAUCGCCGCCACAUUCACGACCAAAGGAACCGUCUUCGUGGAGGCCAACCUCGGGGGCGGCGCCGUGAGCAUCGAAGUGGGCGAGAGGCUGGACACGGGCACCUGGCAAACACUGACCAUCCUGCACCAGCACAACAGACUCCAGGUUCACCUCAACUCCCGCAUCCACGAGCUGCUGAUCCCGGGGGAGAUCCGCUACUUCCACCUCAACCCAGACUUCUACUUCGGCAGCGCCCCGAACCUCGAAAGAUCUUGUGGACUGAGGCACGACCGAGGUAACCAGGACGGCUACACUUGCCAAGGCGGCCAGAUGCGUUACUACUACGAGCCGCACGAUGCCGAGUGUCACAGCUUCAACUACACGGGCUGCGGCGGCAACGACAACAACUUCCGUGACUACGACUCCUGCAUGAACACCUGCCUCCUGCCUGGUCUCAGGUCCAUGCACUCCUUCCUGGGCUGCAUGAGAAAUAUCUUCAUCAACGACGUAAGUGUCUUGUGGGAGCUGAACCAGAAGAACAAGACCACUCGCUACCUCGGCCCCACUGUGGAGACUCCCUUCGUGGACACCUGCAAUGACCGUGACCAGAUGAUUCUCUUCACCCUGUCGACGGAGCGCGCGCACGUCAACCUAUCGAACCCAACGCCGGACUCCUUCAAACUGGCCGUGUCGUUCCGCCCCACCACGCCCAGGGGGGUGGUGGCGUCAGGCUACGUGGACAUACUCGACACCAGGAGCGAAUGGGAGAUUCACCACGACGAGACCCACGUUUCCUUCGUCAUCCACGACAACUUGGUGCACCUCAAACCCAACACCAAGAUCUCCAUCGGCAACUGGCAAUACGUGGAGGUGACCUACGCUUCGAGGGUCCUGAUGAAGGUGAACCGGAAGAGCGUCUCAGAGAACCCUCCCGGACCGCUGACCUUCCACCCCACCGUCAUGCUCGGAAUCAGCCCCCUGGACGAGUACCCAGGCAUGGUGGGGUGCCUGAGGAAGGUGGAGCUUGGCGGCGAGAAGGUGGAUCUGAGGUCACUCGUUGGGACCAGCCUGGCCCACAAGGAUGCUACAUACGACGGCUGCAGAGUUCUGGGCCCGUGUGACAGACCCGGCGCUUGUGAACACGGGACGACCUGCACAGUGGGCGACGACGAGGAAAUCCAAUGUAACUGCACCGACUCUGGCUACACCGGGAAGACGUGCCACUUCUCGCUGUACAAGUCGUCGUGUGAGGAAUACCGCCACAUCGGCUACAACACUUCGGGGGUUUUCAAGAUCGACGUGGACGGGAACGGACCGCUCCCUCCAGCCCACGUCAAGUGCGAGUUCAACCCCUUUACUGGUGUGACCACAACCAUCGUGGAGAACAACUUGAGAGAGAAAUAUGAGGUGAGGAGACCUGACCUGGGCAACGUGAAGAUUGAUGUCCAGUACCGAGACUUCACCCCCGAGAUGCUCAAGGCCUUGGUCACGAGGGACGAGACUUGCACUCAAAAGGCCACGUAUGAGUGUCGCCGUUCGCCCCUCAAGCUGUCCACACACACCUGGUUCGAGUCCCCUUCAGAUGACUACGUGACAAGCUUCGGCUCCAAGACAUCAGGAAUCUGCCGCUGCCGGGAAAUUGGCGCGUGUGACAAGUACAACGUGGCGUGUAACUGCGACGCGAUGGACGGCUUGGCGAGGAGUGACGUGGCCGUGUUUACAGACCCCAAGAAGAUCCCCCUCACGUCCAUGGUCUUCCUGGCUUACAAUGGCGGCCUGAAGGAGGAGUCUGAGGGCCGGAUCACUCUGGGUCCGCUCAAGUGUGAAAAGGAAGCCGUCGCGGAGCAGGCUGUGAGCUUCCACAAGACGAACACGUACGUGGAGGUGCCGGCGUGGCGGGAGGGCAGCCUCGCCUUCAGUUUCAGGACCACCUCCCAAUGGGCCGUACUCGCCUACCAGCCCGCCUACCACCCCGACCACGCCACCUUCAGGAUCGCUCUUCUUGGGGAGAGAGAAGUCGAGUUCAUGUACACCUUCCACGGCCUCGAGCACCGCCACAGCCUGCACACCACGCGGCGCCUCAACACGGGCGAGUGGCAGCAGGUGCUCAUCGACAUCCACCUCCGCCAGCUGCGCUUCCUCGUCAACUCGGAGCAGAAACUCAUCAACGUGGAGGACGACGCCAACCUGGGAGUGCUCGACGGCUCCAUGUUCCUGGGGGGCAUGCCAAAGAACAUGGACAUUUGGAACAAACAGCUGAGUGACGCGGACCGGAUGCCGAGUCUUACUGGGUGCAUCCGCGACCUCACCGUGAACAACGAGCUGAUAGACAUGGACCGUUACGUGAGGGCGGCGCCGAUCGGGGUCUCAUCCUCGUGUAAGACGUCCUGCGAGCCCAACCCCUGCCAGAACGAGGCCACGUGUGUCGAGAACUGGGGAUCCUACUCGUGUGUGUGCAAGAACUCGCUGGCGCACUCUGGCAAGCACUGCGAGAUUAACCCCAACGAGGACGCCAUCACCUUCACCACCGAGGCCUCCAAGCUGAGGUUCUUCAUGAAUGAGACGGCGGACGUGUGGACCAGCAGACUCCUCAACAGCACGUCGCUCCUCCUCAACUUCCGCACCCACGCACAGCAGGGCCUCAUCCUCUUCGCCUACGACUAUCUCAACAACUUCCUGCAACUUCACCUCGCCUCCCCGACCCGCCUGGUGCUCCUCUUCAACUCCGGAAAGCAGGCGUUGUCCCUACCGCUGGAGACGACAGUAGCGCUCAACGGAGGCCAGUCGGUGCAGGUGGCCCUCAAUCGCACCUCCUCCUCCACCACAAUCUCGAUACUCACCGCGGGCGUUCACUACACUGCCACAAGCGACGCCGGACUGCAGCUGCUUCAGGACGAGGACUACGAACAGUUUCCCUUCGGCGAUGUCACCCCGCUCGCCGACAUGGUGUACUACCCUCACUCCAUCACCCGGCCCGGACCAUUCUAUAAGGCUUACUUGGGCUCAGCGGAGGACUCGAAGUUGGACGUGAAGACUGACCUGCCUGGCUUCGUGGGCUGCCUCAGGGGUCUUCAGCUGGACUCGAGCCCUGUGUCGCUGAGUUCCCUCCUGACGCAGAACCCAGCCGAGGGAGUCAAGAGGGACUGCGUGAUGAUGUGUGACCGCAAGCCUUGUCUCAACGGCGGCGUCUGCAAGGAGGACUUCCAGUACCCAGACAGUUUCCGCUGCGACUGCUCGGACACCUCCUACACCGGCCCUGUCUGCAACUCCGAGGUAGCCUACACCUUCCAUGGACGGGAGUGGCUGAGUCGCGGGUCCCCCACUUCGCCGCUGGUGGAGGGCUUCGCGCUGGAGUUGGCUUUCUCCGCCUCCACAAGACAGCCGAAGCCCCAAGUCGUCGCCCUCGUCAGAUCCACCUCCUCUGAGAAUCCUCUUGACUACAUCUUGGUGACGGUGGAGCCUGACGGAGCCGUGGGUGUGAGCGCCUCGCUGCUGUCCCUCGUGCCUUACGAAAUCAUUUCCAAGGCGACGCCGAAGGAGGGAGUCAAUGCCUACAGCGGCCUGCGUCACGUGGUCAGGGUGGAGUGGCGGAGGUCUGAACUGCUUAUUACGGUUGAUAAAAAGGAGCUGCAGUGGACCCGCGGGGGCAUUCCCAGGGCCACAAGGACGCCGGUGAACCCCUUGCCGCGAGGCCUGUACCUGGGCGGGCUGGAGGCAGGCGUGGACGACCGCUUCUCGGACUAUGACAACUUCCACGGCUGCAUCUCCAACGUGGUGGUGACGGAACCCGAGGGCAAGGUGUUCCCCCUGCAGGAGUACAGUGACCAUGACCUUCAUAUUACCAACUUCGGUCUGCCCGGCUACGGCUCGUGCGCCGGCUUCCCCGCCACGCCCGUCAUGGUCAUGGCCUAUAACAACAGGACGGCCCUCAAGACGGUGAAGGGAGACUCCUGGAGAUACAUCGAGGCCAUGAGAAUGCCCUACGAUUCCCCCCCGCCCCAGGCUGCUCCUCAGAGGGACACGGCCAUGGACAACGUGGUUCCUGCCGUGGCCGGGACGAUCAUCCUUGUGGCCGGCCUGAUCGUGGGGGUGUUGUGUCUCAAACACGUGGUCAAGACGAAUAAGAGUAAAGGGGGUAAGAAGCAGGAGGCGGAGAGGCUGAAGGAGGAGAAGAGGAAGGCAGAACUCCUUGAAGAGAAAAGGCUGAGAGAAGAGGCUAUGGUUAAACGCGCCCAGGGGAUCACGGAUGGCACGGCGGUGGAGCUGGCACCGCUGCUGCCGACCCAGAACGGCGGAACGCAAGAAGUGGUGAAGGUGACGGAGGAGAAGCAGGAGGCGGUGCCGCUGAUGGACGCGCCGCCGCCGCCGCCGCCCGAGCCGAGCCAGGACGAGGCCGAGGUGGAGGACAAGCCGGAGGUGCGGACGCCAAAGGAAUCGCCCGGGGACCGUCCUCUAUCGUGGGAUAAGUCCGCCGAUGGGCUGCCACUGAUCAUCGGGACGGAGCCAGAAGGGGGAGAGGAAGGUGGAGACUCGCCAUCGUCUGAGGGGAGCAGCUUCGAGUACACCAUCGACAUCACCGGCACACCUCCAUCCUCGCAGAAGUUCCCUCCACCACCGGAUUCGAGUGUGUGUGACUCGUCCCCAUCCUCCAUGCGGGUCCAGCGAGGCUCCACGUCCAUGGUGAACGUCGACGAGGACUUCAGCGAAGACGGCGAGCCGCGUCUCCUCAGCCACGGCUCCUUCCCCGCCGAGGACGAGCGUGUAGCGGUAGAGGAGCCGCCCAUCGUCCCCAUGCACUCCCACCCGCUAGGAGACGGCGAGGUCCAGAAGAUUGUGAAAAGCGAAGCAGAAGAUGAAAUUGUAGUCGUCGAUGAUUACCUGGACGACAAAGAAACACCAAAGGCGGAAGAGCCAGGCAGCGAAGAAGCAGCUGGCGAGGGCGAACAGCAGAAGGAAGAUAAUCUCGCCGAAGCAGCCCAGGAGAACGGCCAGACAGACAGCGAGACGGAGACUAAAACAGACCAGUCCUUUGAGUCCGCUCAGGAGGACCAGGACGACGCCAAAGAAAGCGGAGAGAAGGAAGCAGACGAUAAACCAGCACAAGAAGGCGAGGCGGAAAACGAACAAACGGUGGAGGGAAAGAAGAAAGCUCAGACGACGGACGGGGAGGAGACGAAGCAAGACAAGAAACCUGACGACAAGAGCGAGUCCAGCUCCUCCGACGACGACUUUGUGGAAGUACGACCUGAGACAGAAAAAGUGCAGGACGCCGAGCUCGCCACCUCACAGACGUGGCAAGAAGAGCACAAGAGCGCGCCGACCACCGCCACCACGACAGAAGACAACCAAGAAAGCAGACCGACCGAGGAACUGCCGAUAGCGAUAAGCCGUAACGAGGAGGAGGAGGAGGAGGAGAGGGUGAAGGAGGAGGAGAAGACUGUAGGUGAGGAAGUGGAGAAAAAGACUGACGAGGAAGAGAAGCAAGAACCUGAAGGGAGUGAAAGAGAUGACGGUGACAAAAACGAGACGGAAAAAGAAUCAUCUGAGACUCAGCAAGAACUCAGCGGCAGUGUUCCAGCCUCAAUCGUGCCUAAGAUCAUUAUUAGCAGUCCCAAGGAAGAACCAGAAGAGUAUUUCAAUGCAGGGCAAGGGGAAGAAGUUAAUGGGGAGGCGAGUAUUCUGGAAGAUGAGGGCAACGAGGAGGAGAAAGAGAGUUACGAGGCUACACUUGAAGAACAACACAAAGGAACCCAAGACGAACAGGAGGAAGGAGGAAGAGAUAACACAGAGAAUGAGAAGGAGAAGGAAGAUUCCACCAAACAACCAGAAGGCGAUAUUGGACCACAAUCUAAAGAGGCGGAUGACGUCGACGCUGAUGCAGUAGAGAGCACAGACAAGGAUGAAGGCCUCGGUAAGGGCAGCCACCUCCCACACCUCGACAUAUCACAGUUCGAGGGUCACUUCGCGGAGGCAAACGACGACCCGGCGUCCCCAGUGAGCGACGGGGGCGGCAUCGAGUCCCCGACCUACCUUAACUAUGUCCAGGAUGAUUUCGGGGGUCUGGAUCUGGAUAACCUUGGAUCAGCAGCCGCGCGAGCCUCACCGGGGAGCGUCACGCCACUGGACACGAUCAGCGAACAGGACGAAAGUGAGGACGAGAAGGACGAAGAGAAGCCCAGGAAGAUCUCACUGCCGAUGCUCUUCACGUCCAAGCUCUCCUCGGGAAUGACCAACCUCACGGCUCUUUCCGGGGACGAGGACGCCGCUCAGGGCCGACCCACCUCUGAAGACGAGGCUCAGAACGCUAAAGAAGACAACACGAACCCAGACGCCGAGGACAAGAACGCCGAGGACAAGAACGCGGAGGAAAAGAACGCCACAGAGAGCGAGUCCUCCUCUGAAACUGAAACUGAGAGCGACAAAGAAGAAACUACCCCGGACGCCACUCCAGCUGCCAGCCCCGACGCCGCACGAGAGACCCCAGCCGAAGAAGCCCCCGUUAAGAGAAGGCGACGCAAGAAGGGUAAAGUCACGCGCAAGAAGCAGAGUCCCAUAUACCUCGGGAGCGGAGGUCGAACCUUCAGCAACCCGAUGAGCUACCUCGGCGGCCCCAGCAUCCAGUACGAGGAGGAGGAGGGAGAGGGAGAGGGAGAGGAGGAAGGAGGAAGGAGAGGAAGUCGUUAUCAUAGAGACAGCAUUGCGUCCAUCACCUCGCUGGACUAGAGAAGAUUGACCUGUGUGUCUCGAAGAAGUCCUCGCUUCGUAGAUAGAUUGAUAGAUAGACAGAUAGAUAGAUCCUUUAUUGACCACAGACUAAGUUCUAUAAAAUAUGUCUAUACGUCAUACAUAGAUUUGAAUUUAUGGUCCAAAAUUAAUUACUAAACAUGCCGGGAUACAUACAAAUUACAAAAUGCCCCAAAAAGCUAGAAAAAAAAGUUAUAUGUAUCAAGUCCCCAUACAAGACCAUUUUUAGUUAGAUAUUAUAAUUAAGGAACAAAAUUCAUGCUCUUUAACUUCAAUAUGAAAAUGGAAAUGAUUGAAAAAGAUGAUUAAACUAAUAUAAUGUAAAACGCCUCUGUAGAAAUAGAAAAAAAAAGGGAAAAGUCAAGUAAUAGGCAGAAUCUUGUAAUGUAAAGAUUAUUGUGAGACUCUUAGAAGACCGAGGCGUGGAAAGCAACUACAGAAUUACAGGGCUUAUUCUUUUCUUGUACUUAUAUGCUGUUGAGGCAAGCAGCGGGAUAAUGGUCGAUUCUCUUUGUAAUUCGUUUCUAGUUUGUAAAAUAAGAAGCUCGCAGGUGAUGGAGGUGAGCUUAUAGCGGCUCCCAACACCGUCAUUUCCUUGUUAUCUGUAUCUAGUUGUUAUAUAAGAAACUCGCACAUGAUGGAAGUUAGCUUAUAUAUAGUGGUUCUCAACACCGUCAUCUCUUUGUUAUCUGUAUCUAGUGUGUAAAAUAAGAAGCUCGCACGUGAUGGAGGUGAGCUGAUAGUGGCUCCCAACACCGUCAGCUCUAUGUUAUCUGUAUCCAGUUUGUUAUAUAAGAAACUCGCACAUGAUGAAAGUAAGCUUAUAUAUAGUGGUUCUCAACACUGUCAUCUCUUCACCUUCACGUUGUCAGCAUAUUGUUGUGUGUUCUGAGAUAAGUCAAAGUCGAACAGAGGGAAAAUGAUGGAUUCUUUGUUAUUUGUAUUUAGUUUCUUAAAUAGGAAACUCGCUCGUGAGGGAAGUAAGCUUACAGAGGCCCCCAGCACCGUCAUCUCUCCAUCUCCAGGUCGUCGGCAUGUUGUUGUGUGUUCCGAGACAAGUUAACUCAGAGGCUCAACGAAACAUUCCUGUAAAUACGUGUAAAGAGAGAGUAACAGUUGGUCGUCCUCGCGUGGACCAUAGUGUUUUGUCGAUGGUUCCCGAGGACGACCUUUGAUUGUUCUUGUUGUUGUUGUAUUCGCUGCAUGGGCACGGUGAGUUGUUAGUGUGUUCAUUAAACCGUACGAUAAAA